UUUCAUAAGAGGACGUCACUCUUGACUACAGGAUUAAGUGGUCCUAAUAUCAGCUGACCUGAGCUUCCUUAGCAUCAUUUCAGUCCUGUCGACAGCGUCGUCAAGAUGGGGCCUCUCGUCGUCUGUCUUUUCGCCAUUCUGGUGACACAAGCUAUAGGUGAGCCAGUGCCUGUCGGGCCAAGGAUCACUGUUAAUGAAGGUACUCUUCAAGGAAUGACAAUUCAGUAUCAACAAGAAACUCAGCUUCAAGUCGACAAGCCAAUCGAUGUAUUUCUGGGGGUGCCUUUCGCAAACCCACCUGUACGAUUCGCGGCACCAGAGCCCAAAUCACCGUGGACAGGGGUGUAUGAUGCCACUGAAUUCAAGCCGGCCUGUCAUCAAGCCCCGUCACCCAUCUACCCACAGCAGAGUGAGGACUGUCUCUACCUCAAUGUAUAUGUUCCAAGCCCUAAGCCGUCCAAUGCGGCUGUGAUGGUAUGGAUCCAUGGAGGCGGUUUUUCGGAGGGAUCUAGCAGUUCGAGUGCCUUCACAGGAGGACCAAUUGUUAGCGUUGGGGAUGUCAUUCUUGUCACCAUCAGCUACCGUUUGUCUAUAUUCGCAACUUUUACUACAAAGGAUAAUGUUGCCCCAGGAAACUUUGGUAUGCUCGAUCAAGUUGCGGCGCUCCGAUGGGUGUACGAGAACAUCGAAGCAUUUGGUGGCGACAGGGAGAGGAUAACUAUAUUCGGAGUGAGUGCCGGAGCCGCUAGUGUGAGCUUUCAUACACUCUCGAAACUAAGCAGGGACUACUUCUCUCAGGCCAUACUGCAGAGUGGAUCAGCUCUUUCAGUAUGGGCUUACAAGGAUAAUGCUGAAUCGGAAAUGACAAAGGUACAGAGUCUCGCAACAGCCAUGGACUGUGAUGCAGAGAACACUUCGGCUUUGGUUCAGUGCCUGAGGUCAAAAGAAGCAGAGGCGUUAAGGGCAGCAGCAAGCAAGAUUUACACUUCUAAUUACGUAACCCUUGAUGGAAACUUUCUGGAAGACAGUCCCCUCAAUCUCUACAUGAAGAACGAUUUCAAGAAACUCCCGAUGAUCGCAGGCUUUACCAAAGAUGAGGGAACAUUGCUUACUCUCUCCGGUACCCUCCCCACACCCCCUCUCUCCGGGAAAGGCUUCAAAAGGAUUAUUGCUGCCUUCGUGCAGGAAUAUGGAAUCACCAGCGAAGACGUCCUCGGUGUCGUAUUGCAAGAGUACAUAGAUUGGACAAUCUCCGAUGAUCCCGACGCAGACUACUUCCAAGCGACGGUAGACUUCAUAACCGAUACGCAUUUCGCCUGCGCCGUGGAUUCGGAGCUAAGGUUCCAUGCAGGAGGAAGUAGCCCCCUCUACGAAUACUUCUUCACGCAUGUUCCGACUCAGAGUAUCUCCACACUUUUUGAGGAGCCAAAGCCGUGGCUAGGAGCUGGUCACGGAGAGGAUGUUCCACUCGUCUUCGGCUGGCCAUUCAUAGAAGACCUGGUAACUUAUACCGGCUUUAACCUCACAGCAGAAGAAAUGGAACUCUCUUACAAGAUCAUCCAGUUCUGGACAAAUUUUGCUAAAUCUGGUGACCCGAGUAAGGCCUCUGUAAGCGCUACCCCUGGUGAAAAUGAAUACAGUUGGCCAGCCUUCGAUCUUCCAGGUCUCCGGUACAAGGAACUGUCUACAGAGCUUGGGGAAGGCAGAGCCGUGAAGGCUAGGAAGUGUGCUUUCUGGAGAGAAUACUUUCCACAGGUCCUCAGUUUCAUGGGAGAGCCUCAAACAGCUGAGGUGGACGACGACGGAGAAGGCGACGAGGAGACUGAGGGAGACACAGGAUCACGUGAAGUCUUGGUGGAGUAUCAAGAGCUCUUAGCGGAAUGGCGUCGAGAGUUUGCAGCGUAUAUGGAACGCAAGAGCAAUCGAUGCAGUGCAAAUCCAAUGGCAUAGUCGCUAGCUGUUAAGCCAAUUGGUUAAAUCUAGUCGGCCGGUCUAGCGCUCAAUAAAGAAAGAACAUGGAAAAAUCGUCAGAGGAAAAUCUGCCUGCAUGAUACACCCGCAUUAAAUCAAGAGGAGAUAAGAGGGUUUACUAUAUGUACAUGUAUAAGUAUAUCUAUACCUGCUUUUACACAUUUUAUUCUGUUUAUGAAAUCGUUGCAUUAUUUUUUAAUAUGAUCUGAAAUUGUACACAGUUGUUCUGCAAGGCCCUUUUCUCCUUCUUUCCUUUUAAACACUAGCUGCCAAAAUGCAUUCAAUUGUAAUCGGUAUUGAAAACGAAAUGAAUAAGUAAAAUAGUUAAGCAAGGAAUACAGUGCUUUUUCUAUAAACUGGUUAUCAAACACUGUUUGAAUGUAUAAUCCGCUUAACAUACCUUUACACGAUGCAAUAGAUUUGAUGAUUCUUAAAUAAAGUUUGUAGUUAGUCAUUUUUCAAACGUAUCGUGAAAAUACAUUAAUAAAGGCUGAACAUUCAGUAAGUAAAUUAUGUCUUUGUGAAACGAACGAGCUGAUCCAUUUAAGAUGAAUGCAAAUGUGAAAAUAAUAGGUAUUUUAGUGUAUACCAUUUCAGGUGAAUUAUAUUAUCAUAUGUGGAAUUACCAGGAUUCGAAUUAAAUUGCACUUUUUAAA